AUGCAGCAGCCGCAAGAUCAACUUCCAUCCUCCAAGGACUCUGACAAGGAUCCUCAGGCAGAGCAACACAACGACAAAACAACCUCCCUACAAAGCACAAUCACCAAUCUCGAAAAUCAAAUCGUCUCGCUACAAACCCAAAUACAAGAAGCCACCUCCAAGCUAAGAUCACCUACUCCGUCCCAAACAGUCCGGGACCACAUCCGACUACUACACGACUACAACGAGAUCCGCGACAUUGGACAGGGUCUGUUAGGCCUGAUUGCCGAGAAGCGUGGUGUUCGGUACAAGGAUGUUUUGGAGGAGUUUGGGGUUGAUGCUGAUGAUUGA